GGAGACACCCGAGCACAGUUCAACGUUGCACACGUUUGUUUUGUUUACGUGUAGCCGACCAGCUAGCCUAGCCUAGCCUAGCUUCUUUUUUUAAAACUCCUGAAAACAUAAAAAUAUAAAAACAUAAAAACAUAAAUCAUGAAACCCGCGGUGGACGAGAUGUUUCCGGAAGGAGCAGGACCGUACGUGGAUCUGGACGAGGCAGGAGGCAGCAGCGGCCUGCUGAUGGACCUGGCAGCCAAUGAAAAAGCGGUGCACUCUGAUUUCUUUAACGACUUUGAGGAUCUGUUCGACGACGAUGACCUGCAAUGACGACAGCAUCUGAACACCUGUGUGUCAGUGUACA